AUGUCUGCUCCCGGCCCCGAAUCCGUGCCAACUUCGGCCGACCCCCGCUCCCACCGUCCAACAAAGAAGCGCGCUCUCACGCCCCUCUCAGCGCAAGCCGCCUCAGUAGAUGCCCUCUUCGCAAAGCCCGACCAGAACAUCCGCAUCCCCGACAGCUCCGCCGGCAACACUUCUGCCGCCCUGCGCUCCGCACCUCCGGAAAUCGUCACCAACGUCCAGGGCUCCAGCGCCGGUGCCGGCUCGGGCGAGUUCCACGUCUACAAGGCCAGUCGUCGGCGCGAGUACGAGCGUCUGCGCAGCAUGGACGAGGAUCUGCGUCGCGAGAAGGACAUCGAGGAGUUUACCAAGGAUAAGAGUGAGCGCGAUCGCAAGGAUGAGGAGCGCACGCGCAAGAACCGUGAGAAGAGGGAGAAGAUGAAGGCUCGCAAGGCGAAAAAGGGAAAUGGUCCUGCUGGUGCGACUGACAAGAAGCCUAACACAGCACUGUCCAAAGGCGACUCCCCAUCCGCGGACAAAGAUGCUAAGACUGAUUCUGCUGAUGUUGAUUCUAAGACCCAGGCUGGCAAGGAUUCGGAAUCUACACCAUCUGCGCAACCCGCGGGCCUUGUCAUCCACGACGAAGACGAUUAA